AUGGAGCCCUCUCCUGAAGCCUUUGCUGCCCAUGCGUUUGAAUACGACAGCGCGACGCUUGAUAAGCCCCUGGCCGAUUUCAUCCAAAAGUUCUACACAUUUUCGGACGAUAAGGAGAAUCCAUCAUCUUGGGCAGCCUGCUUCACCGAGGAUGCGAUUAUGAAAAAAGCAACUACCGACGUCACAGGACAGAUUAGCAAAGUAAAUUUAGGCUCCUGGAAGGGCCAAGCAUCCCGACAGCAUGUGGUUGCCAAAGUUUUCCCUUUUAGCUGCCAGGCCCCAGAUGAGGUGAUGCUUCAUGGAGUCAGCAAGUACAUCUAUGAUGAUUCCACCACGGGUGAGAUGGCAUGGGCAGCCAGAGUUCAUUUCAAGCGCUUUGAUGAUGGAAAGAUCCUUAUCGAUUUUUACCACAUUUUCCCUAGUGCACCACCUAAGGCAGCGUAG